AUGCUCUGCAAGGUCCUGAUCCUCCCGGUCCUGUGUGCAGUGGCUGUGGCGUUCCCCACGCUGCGCCCAGAAUCAACCACUGACCUACUGGAAUUGAUCCCUGAUCUAGAGUUAACCACUGAUGGAGAGGUAACUGGGGAUCAAGAGUCACUCACUUACCUAGACGAGACCACAGACCUAGAGUCGACCACAGACAUGAACCUGGAUAUCCAUAUUUCCAAAUUCUAUGUUGACCUUGAAACAGCCACUGCCAUCUAUGCGGAAGAAGCCAGUGAGGAACCAGAAAAUGAAGCAAGGUCUCCUUUUGCUGUGACAGUCACUCUGCUAUUCAACACUGUCUGA